AUGCGGGGUGAAUAUGAAGGACUACAAGCUUUAAUCAGAGAAAUAAACCCAGCAGCAAUUUAUACAUGGUGCUAUGCACAUAGACUUAGUUUGGUUGUUGUUCAAAUGUCAAGCUGUUCAGCUAAUGCAGUUGAUACAUUUGGGAAUCUGGAGCAAUUGUAUGCACUGAUUUCAACUAGUAAAAAGCGCGUAGCGAUAUAUGAAAAUAUGCAAAAAGAAAGAAAUCCAAAAGCAAGAGUGCAUAGACUUAAAAGAGUAGAAACCACUCGUUGGAUGUCAUACUCGUCAGCACUGAAUACAGUAUUAUUAACAUAUGACAUAGUCAUAAAUACAUUAGAACAGAUAAAAAUAACUGAAAAUGCAGACUUCAAAGCCAGAUCUAAAGCUACGGGCUUAAUAGAUUUCUUUUUGUCAGAAAGAUUUGUUUUGACAGCAAUCUGUUAUAAAAAUCUAUUCAAUAUUUUAGACCCAGUAACAAAAAUGUUUCAAAGUCAAGAUAUUGAUUUACUAGGUGCAUAUAAAGCGGUGAAGUUGAAAUAUGAUAGUAUAUUUUUUGCAUUUAGUGAUCAAACUAUACUCAAAGACGAUAUCUAA